UCGGGGUACCGGAGUCUUUCUGUGAUGAACUGCAGUCUCACUUCAGUGGGAAGUUGUUGCUGCUGAUUAUGGAUUUAGAAAAUCCUGUUCUGUAAAACUAUAGCUUUACAGCUCAUCAGUCUGGCAUCUGUACAGAACAUGGAGAAAGACACAGCUGAAAAAGAGAUGGAUGAUGAGGAAAUCUCUAAUAGUGAUUUGGCCUCAGAAGCCAGAGAGACUGAUGAGUACAUGCAGGAAGACAAACCAUCCCAUCCUAACUCUCAGGAAGCCACAAAUCUAGUCACUCAUCAAGACUCAGAAGCUGAUGAAGAAGCAGAUUGUUGUGACUCUACAGAGGCUAAAGAAGAUACUGAGGAGGGUCUGGAUGAGUUUGACCAUGACAGAAGUGAAGAUGAGAACCCACAGGUUAUAAAUCAAGAGGAGGAUGAAGCUGCAAAAGAGCAGCACAUGAAUGGAGAAUCUGGCUGGAGGAGCAUUGGGAGUGGAAAAAGGUGCAAAUUAAAAAGCAGUGGAUCCCUGUUUGAGCAAAGCGGUCAGAGUGCUUUUUCUUCUUUUCAGAGAGGCAGUGUUAUGUCAGGUGGCAGUCGGCACAAGCAGACUCGCAGACGCAACCAUCACCACUAUCAGCAAAACCGGGGUCGCAGGCAGACGGGCAACCAACUUUUCUUUGCUUUCAAAGAAAUGCUCUCAGAAUCCUUGAGCUUCUGGUGCAUCUCGUGCGUCCACAUGUUGAUUGAGAUUAUUGUAACAUUAACGCACAAUUGUGGAGUUGGAGUGGAGAUGGGAGUUGUGAAACUUUACAACUUUGGGCAACAGCUCCUUGUGAAGAUCACUGAUGUACCUGGAAUGAAAGCAGACAUCAGCCGGGUGUUGAAAUGGAUAAAAUGCACAGGAACUGACUUUGUGGACAGAACUGUGAGGUUAACAAAAUGGGUAAAGUCUGCUGUCUUGACUUGUUUCAAACUUUUCUGCGCCUUAGUUAUACUCAGCUUCCAGUGGACAAAGGGGAUGUUGGUCCGUAUUGGAGGAGAAAGGGGGAAACGUUAUUGGGCUGCCUUUCAGGAGUCAAGGUUUUGGAAGAGGCUGCUGUACCUGCUGGACAAAGUCCGAAGGAGGUUCAGGAGAGGGGGUCGUACUCCACCCUAUUCGCCCGAAUCACCUGGCAGAGCAGGAAGAGGAGAGCCAGUCCAGGAGCUGGAACGACUGUUGGCGCUGGCUGAAGUACCAGAAGGAGAGCUUGACCCUUUUACAGUGUUGGGUGUUGAGGUCCACGCCACAGAGACGGAGCUAAAGAAGGCCUACAGACAGCUGGCUGUUCAGGUCCAUCCAGACAAGAACAAACACCCACGAGCUGGAGAGGCAUUCAAAGUUCUGAGGGCGGCCUGGGAUAUCGUCAGCAACCCUGAGACACGACAAGAGUAUGAGCUGAAGCGCAUGGCAGCAACCGAGCUCUCAAAGUCCAUGAACGAGUUUCUCACUAAGCUGCAGGAUGACUUGAAGGAAGCCAUGAACACUAUGAUGUGCACAAAGUGUGAAGGCAAGCACAAGCGGUUUGAGAUGGAUCGUGAACCUGCCGAAGCCCGCUUCUGUGCAGAAUGCAGUAGUUUCCACAGUGCUGAGGAGGGAGACUUGUGGGCUGAGUCGAGCAUGUUGGGUUUACGCAUCACAUACUUUGCUUGUAUGGAGGGGAAGGUGUAUGAUAUAACAGAGUGGGCAGGUUGUCAAAGAAUAAGUAUUUCCCCCGACACACACCGUGUACCAUAUCACAUCUCCUUUGGUUCAAAGAACAGCAGCAACCCCACCCGACACAGAACCACCUCAGAGCACAGCAGUGGACCUUCAAACCCGGCCGACCUGCAGGAUUUCUUCAACAGAAUGUUUAAGGGUGGACCAGCGACUGACAUGACAGCCAAUGGAAGCUUCUUUCCCUCAGGCCCGCCUCCUCAUCACCCACCUAGUGCCGGGGCAAACCCCUUCUCCCCUCCCCCAGGUCAGACAGGUUUCUACACGCCGGGCGCACACCGACCAGAUUCUACCGAGUCUUGGGCCGAAAGCGGCAAACCUCCCAGAAGGAGAAAGAAGGUCCGAAAACCCUUUCAGAGGUGAAGUUCGUUUACUUUGUGUCAAAAUAGCAACGCAGGGACACAACAAAUACAGGGCCAUGUUUGUCUCUCGCCUGCCUGUCGGCGUGCCAAGAUCUGAGAGGAUUCAUGGGUACGAGUCCGAUCAGCCAGAACCGAGAGAGACUGAAGACGAACCAUUUGAGUGAAGCAGAGUAUUG